ACCACAUUAUACGAUAGAGGGUGGAAAAAAAAAUCGGAGGAACCUCUCCUGUUUACAACAACAAAAUGCAGCCAAAAUGGUCAAAUAUCAUCUGCAAGCGUGUUUUAUUGACUGGAUUUACGCUAUGUAUUGUAUUAGUCACAAAACCUUCAUCUGCAAUCGACAUAUAUGCCGACCCUGAAGUGAUUAUGCAGAACGGCACCACGGGAACCCUUCGAUGCACCUUUAAGUCCAAUGAAGUGGUCAGAAACGACAUCUCGGUAACUUGGAGCUUUCAGUCGAGUCAGCCCGACAAUAAAUUCUCCAAAGCUCCAUACGUGAUUUUCUACUUUUCCAAUGGGAAAGGAUUCCCAGGACCAGAGGAGUUCAAAGACAGAGUGCACUUUAUUGGAGACAUAAACAAGAGGGACGUCUCGAUACAGCUGAGUCCGGCUCAGUUUAGCGACAAUGGGACCUUCUUCUGUGACGUGAAGAACCCACCGGACAUAUCGGGAACACCGGCUAAAACGGAGCUCCGGGUCGUUCUGAAAGAAUCUCUUCCUCAGAGCAAUACUGCCAUUAUAGUCGGAGCAGUUAGUGGUGCUUUGCUCCUGCUCGUCCUCAUCGCUGUAGCUGCCUGCGUUAUCAUGAGGGUGCUUCACAACCGGCAUGAAUAUGAAGGAUGUACGUCCUUGGAAAGCGUGAGCUCUCAGGCUCCAAAACCACGAAAGAAGGUGGAGUCCAGCCUGGAGGGCUCCAGGUGUACCAGUCCCUCGGGUCCACUACAGGGCCCGGUGAUAUACGCCCAGUUGGAUCACUCGGGCAGCAAAAACUCAUUCCACAAGAUGGAGCCAGUGGUCUACGCUGACAUUCGUAAAAACUGAAGAGGAACUGGGGACCAAAAAACACAGUAUAAAAUAAGUAUCAGACCUCUCUAUCAGCUGCUCUUGGGAAGGGUGGGAAUGUUAAUACAGGGACAAAAGUUGGUGCAGUUUUUUUUCUAAUUUUUUUUUUCUUCUCUUGUCCUCUGAAAGCAUGAUGCUGUUUUAUGAUAAAGUAAUGUCUCCAUGUGCUUUUUAUUGUAAUGACCAAAAAAAGCUAAGCAACACCCUAAUGGAAACACAUCAGUCCUUUAAAUUGUACUCAGUAAAAAAAAGAAUUCCUCCAUAGAUAUCAUUCCACAUGUUAAGAUAUGUUUAUUGUUAUCAUUGUGCCUACAAAGGGGUCUGCAGGCUGUUGCACCAGCUGAACAUGAGUUUGAUUGGGAGUUUAUAACAACUGCUAUAUUGGGAACUUUGUUUCACACUAAACCAUCCUUACUGUUGGGCUACAAUUGUGCCCAAGGUUCUUUUUUGGAAGGAAGAGAUUCUCAAUUGCACUUGGAGUAUGGAAUGUACUUUAUUACAGAACGUUCUGGAGACAAGAUGCAGGCAAAGUACAGAGAGACAAGUCCCAGCAGCAGAUUACCCAAUUGUCUGUCGUUCUCUUUCUCGGCUGCCCCCUUAUACACACAUUUCAGACACUCCAAACAGAAAGCUCAGCAACUUUAACAGGAGACAUUUAGUUUCGGCAGACACAAACAAGGUCAUGCGAGCACAUAAUUUAUUACAAGAAUUAUAGACUACUCCUUUGUCUGGUGUUAUGUUUUCAACUGUAACAUCUGCCUGGUGUUCUUUUCCUCUGCAACAUUUACUCACCCUAACUGAAAAUAACACCCUCAAUGAUGAUUGUAAUUCACACAGUAUUAAGCAAAGCAAUUAUAAAUUCCAACACCACCUAUACUACUUAUCAAAACAUUGUUGCAGAAAUGUACCUUACUAACUAGUAGGAAAGGAAAGUGAGAUCCUAUUGCAUGUGAACUAGAUAACAUAUUACAACAUGCGUUUGUCCGACUAACAGCACCUCAUUAUUUAUCAACGUAAACUAUACUAUAACAACAUCAAUACAAGUUUAAGAUAUUCUGCCAAACUGUCACUGUCACAUUUGGAUUGGCCUUUCUGCACGGCCAAAAACAACGACUUUUAUGCCACGCACUGUGUGGUUCAAUCGUUCAUAACAAGGUGGCUGUGUCCUCAACGAUGUUGAUUAAAAGAAAAACUUGUGCAAUUCUACUUAAGUAGAAAAGGAAAAUGGACCAGCAAAUGACUGGGAAGAUAGGAAGCUGUUUCUAGCACAACACAGUCUUAAGUCAAGACUACAGUCAUCCACAACAUGUAAAAUACCCCUCCGAAUAAUGUUUAAACCAGCUCUCUACACUAAAUAAUGGAUCUUUUGACAACAGUCAUGAGGGAUAUCAAACCGCUGAGCUGGUCAAACUUUAAGACAGCCUUGGAAAAUGGAAAUCCAUCCUGUUUUUAGUUGUAGGACACUAAAGUCUGACCUCAAAGUCUGUUUCCAGGUGUCGGGGAGUAGUACUGCAUAUGCAAAAUAAGGAAUAAUAAACCUUUAGUGUCUCCAUAAGGAAGCUGUGUGAAAUCUGAUAAAUUACCUCAAAUUAUGUCACUUGAGUCAGCAUCAGAUGGGGCCAAAGACUACAAGUUUGAAAAUGAAAUAAAGGACGCCCAGAUAGCUCAGUUGGUAGAGCAGACGCCCAUAUAUAGAGCUUUACUCCAUAUAUAGAGCUUUACUCCUCAACGCAGCGGGCCUGGGUUCAACGCGGGUCUGCGGCCCUUUGCUGCAUGCCAUUCCCCCUCUCUCUCCGCUUUUCAUGUCUUCAUCUGUCUUGUCAAAUAAAGCCUAAAAUGCCCAAAAAUAAUCUUAAAAAACAGACGGAACAAGUUGAUGGCCCAGUUGCAUUGUGGGUAAUGUAGGCGCCAGGUUUUGACAAGGAGGAAGAAUACCUGGAAUACAAAAUAAUCUUAAUCCUAACUCUCGGUUGUAACUAACUUGUAUAGAGAAGCCUGUUUCUGUAAGAUGACUCUUAAAUGACAUUCCAGCUAAGCUACGUUUGUAUUUACACACAGAUGGUGCAACAGGCUGCUGAAGCCACAGUUCGUUUCCACCGUUUGGCAGUUCCGUGGUGAUCUUGUUUUGUCGGGGUCAGAUAAUGUAGAGUUAGAUUUUGCAUUGCCUUCAGUAACAUUGCAUGCCGUUAAAAUGACAUCUACAGACUAAAUUUGGUACUCCUCAGAUAGAAGAAGCCGUCUGACAUUGUAUUACUGUGAAUGCUUCAGUUUUCUGUAGAGUCCUGGCAUGUUGUUGUGGUACCUUUUUUUAAAAAGACACUGCCUCCCAUUUUAUUUUCACCUCAGUGAACUCAGUACACUCUUAGAGCUCUUUAACCAGUCUUAGUUUCCUUGGUUGCUCCGGGUGUCUGCAUUUGUUUUCUUUUUCUUUCUACCUACAUGCAUAAGAACAAACAGGCAAUGCAAGCCAAGUAGAGUUUUGUGUUCUGCAUCCACACUUAUAGUUUUUUUCUGCCUGCUUGUCGCUGUGCUUUGAAAGAAUAAAAGAAAAAAGUGGUAAUUACCUGGGCCAUUAUUUCAGCUUUGUUUUGAGUAAUUUAGAAAUAUGCAUGUUAAAACAAAAUGUUUUACUGAGGUGAAAUAUCUCCUUCUAUGAAAACUGGGAGCUCUCAUUUGUUGGACAAAACAAAUGUUAAAUACACUGUUUGCAUGCAAUUUACUAACAUAACAAUCAUUAUUAUGAAAAUAUCCAUCAUUUUUUUUCCUUCUAUUAUAUUGUGUUAAGCUCUUAAUUUUUUCAAACUAAUGGGCCAAAUAUCUAAUAUCAAUAGUAAUAUUAAGGAAGUUGUUUUCAGAUGCUUUUAUGCUUUAACAUGCAUUCCAAAUCUGUUUGUCAUUUAGUUUGAAGCAUUUAAAAGCCAAAAGUAUGUUAAAGUUGUGUUACCGGUGUGGUUACCCAUGAGAAUGAUAUUUGUGUUGCAACCAGUCUAAAUGCCUUCAGCUUGUGAUUCCGCAAAUGUCAAUGUUGACCAGUAUUUGUAUAUAUUUCUUGCUCAUGUAAGAUAUAGUGCUGUUUACUGUAACUCAGUCCAGUGUGGUUUGGCUGUGGAUGUCUUUCUAGAGAAGGAAAGUAGUUUGCUGUAUAGUUCUAGAAAGUUGGCGGCAUGCUUAAUGUUCUCUCCUUUUUGUCUUAAUUAUUUGUCAGCAAACACUCCCAGCAUAUACAGUGCCUGCAGGGACUAUUGAGCCUGUCAAUUCAAAAUGCCUUCAAUAAAACUUUCUUCAGUCAACAGUGUACACAAAAAAACGAAACACAAAAUGAACGUGACGUGUCUUGAGCUUGAAGGUCAUAUUGUUUUUAGUGCCUCAUUUAUAUUCUAACUCAAAAGAUCCAUAAGCUUUUAAGUUGGUUUGGAGAAGUUUUUAACAAACAGUGUAUUCACACAUCCAGAGCCACAUUAUAAUUUUUUGGGAGUCGUGUUUCUGGCCACCUGAUGGAUUUAGGUCUAACAUUCACUCUUUUUUAGUUUAGUUUGUUUUUGGUCUCUACCAACUCCUGAGGGAAACAUCUGGCUCUUUCGCUGCCAAAUGCCCCACUGUGUUCACCAGCUAGUGUCUAACUGGGUCUGUCUGUUUGUGGUGUGGAGCAGGUAGUGCACGGUGUGUUUUUACAGCUUUAUCUCUGAAAGCAGCUGCCUGCUGCGACCCAAUACAAUUGCGCGGUGAGAGUGAACCAAAACAGACAAGUUGCAGUCGGACAAUUUAACAAUGACUUGCAACUCCCUAACUUCAUAAAGCUUAGCUUUAUUCAUUUCUAAUAUAAAAAAAAGAUUGAUUAUUGCCCCCUUAAACAAAUCCAAGUUAGAGAAUAUUAUGUUGGCCGAGUUAAUUUUGACAUUGGUUCAUCCUCUCAUCGUUAAGAGACAACUAAUGUUUGUACCAAAUAUCAUUACAAUUAAUCCAGAAUGUGGGAAACCUUUCAGUUUAUUAUAACUCUGGCCUGUACCAACCUGGACUGUGUGAGUCUACAUAGAAAUAAAAUAAGUUGCUUCUCCAGAGUUUUAACUUAUUUCAAACUGUCUCUGUUUUGGGGGUAAAAUACGUAUUUACGUUCACAACUACCUUCUGGCUGAAGAAAAUCUUAAUUCACUCCAUUUUGACUGGACUCUGGUGGUGACACCACUCAAUGCAGGCACUGUAGUCUUCCAGUGUUUUCUCUUUCAUGUUUUCUGUUCUGUUUUCUGAUCGUUUCUUUUGCCAGUUAGCAUGUAUUUCAAUGUAUUCACCAAAUCAAAAAGCAACCUGUAUGAUACCGACAAACCAUUACUGCUGGUCGCUUUGCUCCUAAUUGUGACUUGUUGCAGGGUUUAGUGCUGUUGUAGAAAUUGUGAUGUAAACUAUAAAUUAUGAAAGGUUUCUGAUCCGACCGAGCUCACAAGCAACGUUCGGUGUGUUGGUGUCCGAAGGAGAUGAAUGCAAGUUUGCAAUGUACACUCCACUCCUGACGAGUCUUAAAAGUGCGUGAUUAGUGUUCUUCGAUGGUAAAUAGUUGUGUGUUACUUGAGAAUUGUUUGGUAUGUUAUGUUGUAAAAUCUGCACUAUGUCUUGCAAAUCAAAGACAAACAAAUUCCCUGUGAUUUUUUUGUUUUUAUUUUUCGUUCAUCUCGGAAUAACCUUGGCCUGUUUAACGUCUUUAAAACUGGAAUGUUGUACAUUUAGUGCCUUUUACAUUUCAUCAGCUAACUUGAACAUCUGCUCAAAAUAGAAAAAAAGAUAAGAUUCAUUUAUUUUCCUUUUACUGUAUGUAUUUUUUUAUACACAUAAUAUCGCCUCUGUAUCCACUGUUCAAAUUUUAUAUAAAACCUAUUCCUGGCCAAUUAAA